AUGUCAGAUUUUCGUUAUAGCCGUAAUCAAACUUACCGUCCAGAAUAUAGUAGAGAUAACCGUGAAGAUAAUAGACACCGUCGUCGUAGGUCCCGUAGUAGAUCUCAUAGUAUAGAUCGUCAUAGAGCUAAUGGUGUAAUAAAUAGACAAGAGAAUUGGCGAGAAGACUUUCCUCAAAGGGGUAGACCAGAGGAUAUUGGUGCACGCUCAUGGGGAAAUAAGUUUUAUUAUGACGAUCGUGAGGAAAACAGUAAAAGAAGGAAAACUAGACAUGAAAGAGAGAGAAUGCCAGAGGGACGUUGGAGAGAGCGUAAUCUUGGCGAACCCAAUAAUCAUGUUAUUCUACAAGGAUUGCCACUCGCAGCUACUGAGAAUGACAUUCAGCAUACUCUUGAUAACCUGCAUGCUAGUAUUGAGAAUAUACGUUUAAUUAGGGAUCGCCGCACAGGGGAUUCACGCAGAUUUGCCUUCGUUAAAUUUACAAGCGUUGAACAUGCAAGACAAUUCAUUGAAGCCAAUCAUCCUUUUAUCAUGAUGGAAGAUAUUCGUGUUCGCGUUGAAUACAGCAACAGUGCAUCUGCAGAGGAUGAAGGUUGGGCUUGCAAGAAUUGUGGAUUCCUAAAUUACAAAAAACGUGAAAGUUGUCACCAAUGUCAUCAUUCGAAGAAAGGUGUGAUUAGAUUGUGGGAAAAUACCACUGAGCCCUUUUGGGCAUCAAGUCAAUCCAUGGUGUCUGGCUCACUUCAUUUGGCACCUACCAAUUCGUUCUUUAAUGAUGGAGCAAAUGAUUUAGCUCAAGUUCCACAUCAUAUCUUAUUAGUCCGUGGAUUAGACCCUUUGACUACCGAAGAGACUCUUUAUGCCUCUGCGAGUCAGGUGGCAGCUUUAAGAAGAGUUUUGCUGAUUAAAGAUCGAGCCUCCAGGAUGUCUUGGGGAUUUGCAUUUUUAGAUUAUCAUGAUGUUCAGACUUCUUCAUAUGCCUUGUCAAUUUUCAACAAUCCUCACUAUUAUCCAGGUGGAUUUGUGGUUGAUUCACGAACUGUUAGUAUGACAUUUGCUCAUCCUGGAAGUUUUACACCAGCUUAUGCCACUACUGAGUGGACUAUUUGGGGAGAUGAUGGGAUUGCCAUGUCAUACUGGGAUCAAAAAGCAUAUGCAGUUGAAUAUUGUGGGUCACAAUGCUCAGUUCCAAUUGAAUCCAAUAUGCCUUCAUCGUCUACAAAUUCGACUUCUGUAAAUGAGGCUGAAAAUAAAAGCCGAAAAGAGAGUUCAGAGGCGACGAAAGAAGUGAUUGCAGUUCCUGAAACAAAACUUAACGUUGAAGAUGAAUUGAAUGCUUUCUAUUCGGAUAUGGGCGCAGUUUUGACAUCUACUGGAAAGGCUGAGACUAAAUCUAUAUUUUCAGUUUCUGAUAUGGUUUCAACCUCAAAUAAUCAGAAUAAAUCAAAUUUUUCUCCAAAGAAAAAUCAGGAUCCUGAACUUAACGCGUUUUAUGCAGAUCUUGAAACUGUUGAACAACAAAUUAACCCUACUCAAUCUAAAGGAAAAACAGUUUCCGCAAAGUCAAUUUCUGAAGUUGAUUCUCAAGGCGUUGAAACCCAACAAAUUUCUGAUGAUAAAAUUAUGAAUAAACUACCAUCUGCAGAUAAUGAUUUUACUCAUCAACGGCCUUCAGGAAUUCAUUCUCCGCGGGAGCCUAUAAAUCACGAACAGCAAGUACCUUCACAACAAAUUAAUCAAUUUAAUUCAAGUACCUCAAGAGAUUCUUUAUCACCAGAAACGUUAGUUUCUUUUGUUGUUAACGCAAUUGUUCCACCUUGUUUCUUAUCUCUUCACCACGUGUCUUUUACCAUUCCUCCUAUCGAUCAUACCGCGCUUGUCAUAUCUUAUUAUUUGUUGGUAAUAAUAAUUGGUUCUCUCAGUGGACACGAACCGGAAACAGUUGAAGAAAACGAAGCCUUACGUGAAGUAUCGAUAUCUACGUCUCAUGAUCUCUCGAAAGGAGUUAAAGAAAAGAAAAAGAAAUCAAACAAGCCAAUUGGAAAAAAGGUUCAUGAACAAUUGCAAAAAUGGAACGAAAGGAAAGAAGAACUACAUCAAAUAAAUGAUACUAACCAACCUGAAUUAAGUGAUGACGGUCUUUUCGACUAUACGUUAAAUGCAUGCCUAUUAUGUCACCGACAAUUUAUAGAUUUGGCAGAACUUCAAAAACAUGAACAGUUAUCGGAUUUACAUAAGUUGAAUAUGGAGAACGAACAUCUAGUUCAAACUAUUCGUAUGAAGCGAGCAUAUGGAUUACAAAAUGAUGGUGAUUGUGAAAAACCUCAGACAAGAUAUAACAAUAGAGCGGCACAAAGAAGGAAAAUUUAUGGACAGCCCAGGAGACCUGCACCUCCUGCUGCGCCUGGAUCAUCCAAUCCAGUUGAGGAAACAUAUGAGCAGCCCACAAAAUUUGGAAUUGGAGAAGAUAAUAUUGGAAAUCGUUUAUUGCAGAACAUGGGAUGGAAGGCAGGAGAAGGUUUGGGUAAAAAUAAAAAUGGUAUAGUUGUUCCUAUCCAACCAGAGAUUUAUACAGCAGGAGUUGGACUUGGAGCUUCAAAUAGUCAUAGCAUAUUGGAAGAUGGACAGAAUACAUAUUAUGGGAUGGCAAAGAAAUUUGCUAGAGCCCGGUUAGAAGAAUCUUAA